GGAGUUGGCUGUAGCUGAAGCAUCAGUUGCUUCCGAAUCUUAGCUCAGCUUUGAAUCUCCAAAUCGCAUCAUCAUGAAAGUCCUCGUUUGCUUGGUAGCUCUGAUCGCCGUUGCUUCAGCUGGACUCAUUGGAGGAUAUGGAGGAUAUGGAGGAUACGGUGGUGGAUAUGGAGGAUAUGGUGGUGGACAUGGCGGAUAUGGUGGAUAUGGUGGUUUUGGUGGCGGAUACGGCGGAUAUGGUGGUGGUUUCGGCGGGUAUGGGGGACAUGGUUACACUAAGGUUAUUAAAGUAGUAACUCCAUCUAUUGGAUUCGGCGGUGGAUAUGGCGGCGGUUACGGUGGUGGAUACGGUUAUGGAGGAGGAUAUGGCUACGGAGGAGGAUACGGAUUUGGCGGUGGAAAGGGAUGGUGGUAAAUUAUCCAAAGAUCCAACGAAAGUAUUAAAGAUAAACCUUUUGUGAUAGAUUUUAAUAAAAAAACAUGAAAAAUCUUAA